AUGACUGCCAAGCUUCUCAUCUUCUUGUUUUUCAGUUUCCCGUUUCUACUUCAGUUUCACUUCUCCGCCGGUCAGAAUCCUGUCAGAGCCGGAUACUGGUCCGCCGACACUGAAUUUCCGGUUUCCGACAUAGAUUCUACUCUUUUCACUCACCUUUUCUGCGCAUUCGCCGACAUUAAUCCUCAAACCAACCGAGUUACAGUUUCUCCGGUGAACCAGCCCCGAUUCUCCUCCUUCACUUCAACCGUCAGAUCUAGAAACCCAAACGUCAGAACCCUCCUCUCGAUAGGCGGUGGAAAUUCAUCGCCGGUGGAUUUCGCUUCCAUGGCAAGACAAGCUAUUUCUCGGAAAUCAUUCAUCGAUUCCUCCAUAAACUUAGCUCGAUCUUACAAUUUCCAUGGCCUCGACCUCGAUUGGGAACGCCCAUCGACGAGAACCGAGAUGGACAACUUGGGUUUACUUCUAAACGAAUGGAGAGCCGCUUUGAAUUACGAAUCCGCCGUCACCGGUAGACCAAAACUGCUUCUCUCGGCGGCGCUUUUUUACAACUCGUAUUAUAAUAGUCUCCUUCACCCGAUCCAAGCUAUAAGAAACAGCCUGGACUGGAUCAACGUAAUGGCUUAUGAUUUCUACGCCCCGGGAUGGUCGACCGUGACCGGACCUCCGGCGGCUUUAUUCAAUUCCGACACUCAAGUCAGUGGGGAUUACGGGAUCCAAUCGUGGAUUCAGUCCGGAAUUCCGGCGAACAAAUUAGUUAUGGGAUUUCCUUUCUACGGCCGUGCAUGGCGGAUUGUGAAUGCGAAUAACCAUGGGUUCUUUGAGCCGACGAGUGGGGCGGCUAUAACGCCGGACGGAGCCGCGGGUUACGGUCAGAUCAGGGAGUUUAUUGCGCAGAACAACGCCGUGGAAGUGUACAAUGCGACGGUGGUUUCGAAUUAUUGCUACAACGGGACGACGUGGAUCGGAUACGAUGAUACGCAGAGCAUUAGGGCUAAGGUUUCUUACGUUAAACAAAAUGGGUUGCUUGGUUACUAUGCAUGGCAUGUAGGUGCUGAUGAUAAUUGGGCUCUCUCUAGAACAGAUUUGUCACAAAAUGUUCAGAUGGCAAUGGAGAAUAUGCUUCAGAUGCUAAAGAGAGCGAAUCUGAAAUUGAUCAAAACUCUUCGGAAUAAUGGAAGAGGUAGAGACUCUGCUCUUGAAAGGAAGAAAAGUUUGGAAGAAGAGAAGGAACGGUUCCAGAAAGCUGCAUUCACCUUGUUGGACAUGCUGAAUAGCAGAGAAUGA